AACCUCUUGCCAACGAAAGGUCACCGAGGUCAACUUGUAAAUAGAAAACUGUGCGAGAACCCAUCCCAACUCUUGAAAUUUGAAUUUUUGAAGAAUAAAUUUCAUCAAUAUGGAUGAUUUUCAAACUGCCGAAGAGACGACAUUUGUUGUGGAUGAAGUGAGUAACAUUAUCAAGGAAGCCGUAGAAGGGACCAUUGGAGGCAGUGCUUACCAACACAACAAGGUCAACCAGUGGACGUCAAAUGUAGUCGAGCAGUGUCUAAAUCAACUCACCAAACUAGGAAAGCCUUUCAAAUAUAUUGUCACAUGUGUGAUCAUGCAGAAGAACGGUGCCGGCCUACACACAGCCAGUUCGUGUUUCUGGGAUAACUCCACCGACGGGAGCUGUACUGUCAGAUGGGAAAACAAGACCAUGUAUUGCAUUGUGAGUGUCUUUGGAUUGGCCAUCUAAACCACCCUAAACCCGUCAUCAGAGAAUGCUCUAUGAACGGUGCAAAGGAUUUGACCAAUGGACAAUUGAGUGCUUUAAACACAGCGAUGAUUCCACUUCCUAAUGUUGUCUGAGUUAAAUGUGUUGUACAUUUUCAUUACUUUUAUGUGUCACUUCAUUUCCACCUUGUAUCUUUAAAUAGAGAGAUAUAUUCCAUCAAUCAUAUUACAUUUGUAUUGUUUUGGAGUAUUUACUAUGUGGAUAUUUAUUAUUUGGAUUUAUUUUUUUCAGAGUAUGCUUGGAAAAUAUAAAAAACAUUCCACAUAUUUCAUGCACAUUGCCAUGAACAAGUUGUAUUAUUGACAGUUACUAUAGCAACAGCCAAUCUCGGCCAAUUACAUGUAUAGCUAGGCAAUUCACUGUAGUUAUCAUCAACAUACAACUUGUCAUUUAUGGCCAGAUGUCAGGGGUCUGUUCAAAAACCUUUUAACCACACCCUUAAUACAGAAUAAAGCUCUGGUAAAAAGAAAUACCCAAGGUUCUUAACGGUAAUUUUUUUUAUGUGUCGGGGUUCAGGGGUGCUUUUCAUGAAGUACAUGUAUGCUGUCAGUGGUUUCCACUAAAACGUUUUUUUCUAAGCUAUAAAAUUCUGGCUUCUAACUGGCUGAGAGUGAUUGUCAAUGUAAUCACAAGCAACAGGUUCUUAUUUCUCUACUAUGCUCAUGAGAUGUCAGUCAACAAUGGUUUGUUUUGAUUGACUUUCUUAACUUGUAUGUGGAGUACCCAUGAUAUUGAGAGGAACAUGGAAAGAUUGUUUUCGAGGCACCAUGUCAUCUGCUCAUGCUCUGAAAAUAGAGCGUGUCCAUGGUUUGCUGAUUGGUCGAUAUUAAAGUGAAGUGAAAGGCUGGAAACCACUCAUCUGUAGUAGCAAGUUUAUGCAUACAUGUAUAGUUAUGAUUUUUUUUUCAAAGUACGAUACAAAUGGCACAUUAAUGGGGGGAAUGGCUGGAGGAAUUUGGUUAAGCACAAAUGUAUAGAGAUUUUUACUUAAUUUUUUGUUAAGUAUAAUUGAAACUGAAAAUGCAGAGUAGGAUUCUUGCGACUCAUGAAUUUAUUGUGUUAAAGGAAUAAAUAAAACCCAGAAUGAGAUAUCGCUCAGAAGUCAUAAUUUUUAAACUUAGAUAUAAAUUAAUCGUAAUGUACAUGUAAACAUUAAAUUGUGUCAUAUAGUGUAGAGCAUUAGUAGCUUUAUAGUUAUUAAUUGUACAUAAGACAUCCAUAAUGCAACAGACUUGAGACUUAUGUAAAUAUUUUUUUUCUUGAGUAUAUUUUGCGGCAUUAUAAUUAUCUGACAAAUUCCUAUUUCUGUAUUAUCUAUGAUUGGACUAUUUGUUCAUGUUUGUUUGCAGGUUGUAGGUCACUUGUAACAGGCUUGGUAUUUGGUCUGAUGAUAAAAGCGGACUGCCCUUUUCAGCUUGAAAACACAUAGAAGUCAGCUAUACCAUUACCAUUAUUACCAAGCCUGCUAACUUGUUCAUGCCAGUUGUAUGUUAUAUAUCUGCUAUACCACCAAAAAGCCAAUUAUCAUCAAUACAUAAAAAAAACAAAGUGCUGUUGUCUUCUUGUGGAAAUUAGCGCCAAGGUCUUAAAAUAAAUAACUACCAAGAUUGGUAUGAGGGUGCAAUCCAGAUGGUUUAUUAAAUGCAUCGAUCACAAUAUCUUUUGGUCUUGUGCAUGUAAAUGAAUAUUAUAAUAAAACCAACGUACAGGAAUUCCCCCUUCAAGAGAGGGUUGCCACGUACAGAAGAAAAGCAAUAUGGGGUUUAUUCUCUUCCAAACGAGGCGACUUAUAUUCCUUUGAUUUUCUUCAAUGUUAUUUUCUGAUUCAAAAAAAUUAUUUUUCUGUUUUUCUCUAUGCACUGUCAUUACUGGGCUUGCUUGAAAAUUGUAAUUUUAUUGUAUAUGCAUGAAUUAUGAUUAUUCUGCACAGAGUAUCGCUAAUUGAGUCAAAUAUUCUGAUAACACUCAUUCUUGAAAUCAAAUAUCGAGCGUUAGAUAUUUGAUUGUUCAAUCAAAAAGAUAUUUGUCCAUUCCUACCUCUGUCCUGCUAUGCACCUUAUGAUUGGCUUACAUUUAUUGUGCAGCUGUUAUUGCUUUUAUCACCUUUAUGAAUUACUUUCACCGACUUUUUUCAUACUAUUUAGAGUAAACUGCAGGUAAAUCUGCCUUAGUCAAAUCUAUAGGGAGUGGACCACAGAAGUCUGAUCGACUUCAGAGAAAUUUGACUUAGAAGAAGUUUGUAUAACUGUUACAACACAUGUUUUGAAUACUCUGAUAAAAAAAAUGACUGCAACCUACUGUUGGCAAAUAUUUGACUUACGGAAGGUCGACUUAGGCCGAGUUGCCUGUAUUUGUAUGGGUUAGAGAAUUAGCUUUGAAUUUGAAAAGAAAAUCAACCAAUGCAAUUGCAUAAAAGAACACAGGAGCAUUGUGCUACAUGUAUUAGUACAGAUGAAAAAUUGAAGUUUAUAGGCGGAGUUCACUUUACUUUGUAUUUUAACUUUGAAAUUUCCUUCUGUGCUAAUGAAGAUAUUUGUACAUGUACCAUAUAUCUUUUUGAAUAAAAGAUUAUCAGCCGUGAAAUUGUUGCAGAGUUAUUUAUAGACAGAUGCAGUCAGAAUGGUAAUAUUCUUUUGUUUUAUUCUUGACCAUGCACUCAUCCCUGGGUUUAUAGAAUCCUGAACUGCAGAAAUGUUGCCAAUUUGGUAUUUUGGUUAGAUAUCACGUCAUGACAUGUAUUUACUUGAUAAAUCAGUAUCCCCCAUAUUCAGGUGACAUAUUCAACUAAAACCUAAAUGACCAAACUCAAGCAUUUAGACAGCUCUGGACUCACUUCUUCUAUAGCUUGCUCAUUGUCCAUACACAAGGCUCGACAUUAGCGGUGGCCCAGGGCCACCAGAAAUUCACCUCGGGCAACCAUUAUUGAAAAAAUAUUAAGUUUUGGUGGCCCGAAUCGGGCAACCAAUAAUUUUCAAAAUAGCGCAAUUUUUCUCCCCAUUUUGCACGCAUUUAUCAACUUUCUACAGUUCAAAUUGCAAGCCAAUUCGUCAUGCGCCCUUUUUGUUGAUCUACACACAAACACACACACAAAGUUGGCCUACCGCUACAGCAUUAAGUAGCUUUUAUCCAGCCGGCCGCGCCGGCCGGCUGGCGUGAGCAUGCUUGGAGCAGCUGUGCUUUAGCAGCUUAUUCAGACUCGGGGAGCUGCAAUACGAAAUGUUGCUGCUAAGAAAUCUUCCACAGAACUGUGAAAAUCCAAGUCCAAGUCAAAGUCACAUUUUACACCAAUGAAAUGCCCUUCUACAGACCUUUUUGCUAAAAUCUGGUGUAUCCUGAUUAUUUGCAAGCAUUAAAAAGAGGAAUCAUGACCUCUCUUAUGACUCAAAAAGACCGAUUUCCAAAUGAAAAUAAUACACAUAAAAACACAUAGGUGAGUACAUCACAGUCCCACGUGUGCAUUUGUAUGUAUGUUGUUACUUGGUUUCUUUCGAAGCUGUGUCUUUUCCGGUCUUUUCUAGCCAAACAUAAACAGACAGUUACUUUCUUUCUUGUUUAUAAAUGACUUCUUAAACAACUCUUGAGAAAGUAAAUACUUUGGGAAGGCAUUUCAUUAAUUUGAAAUGUGAAUUUUAUCAACAUUUUGGCAAAUAUAGGGAAGGAAUUUUCUCACACUUUUUUUUUGCUGUUAUAAGUCGAUAACUUAUAUUAUUUUCUUUCAUUUUUUUUUACAGUGGUUAAACCAUUAAUACCCAUUUAUUCAUUUUUAAUGUUUUUCUUUAUAUUUUUCGGGCCACCAAACUUUAAUAUCGGGCCACCAAAAAAAAUUAUUUGAAGGUUUUGGUGGCCCGAACGGGCCACCACCAAAAAAAGUUAAUGUGGAGCCUUGCCAUACAUGUAAGCUCUGAAAAUAAUUUGCAGGUUAUGUUCUGACCCUAUAUUGUGAAAUAACACAUGGAAAUUAUCUGCAUGUUUUAUGUGUUUACAUGCUAGUCAUUAUUAACGAUAUACUAGUACUGAAAUGUACUACAUGACAAGUUCUUUAAAGAACUUGAUUUGGACUUUGAAGAACUGUAUUGAAACCACCAUGCCCUCAAUGUCAUCAGAAAUGCCCGUUUGUGUUUCAUACAUAACUAUGUCUUUGAUGUGAUGUGCGUUUAUUGUAUUAAAGGAAAAAAACA